AAUUAUCCAUUCUAAAUACAAUAUGACUAGUGAUUGUAUUGACCAUAGGUGGCAGCACGUGUCAGUCGAAAUACAUAUGGCUACCUUCGCGCAUCGUAUGUUGUGAUUAUAUCUCUCUGUUUAUUAAAUGUUAUAGGACAAUUGAAAAAUUAACAAUCAUAUUAAACUAAGGUUAUAUUAAAUCUAAGAAAAAUCAAAUUGGAAUUUUCGAGUGAUAAGUUGCAUCAAGAUGUCUGCAUCUGUGACAGCUAAAUUACAAGAUGAUAUGAAUAGUAUACCAUUGGCAGAUGAUGAUCCUCAAGUGAUUAUCCCUGAAGAAGAGGUAUUGGAUAAUGCAUCUCAUUUAUCUGACGCAUUAGGCAGAGGACGUAGCAUGGAUUCUAUUCCAUCCACUUUUACUAAUGGUAGCUGUAGUCCCAAUAGUUUAGAUCCUGAUAUUAGUCCAGAUGAACAGGAAGAGAAAGCGCGGUUAAUAGCACAAGUCUUGGAACUUCAAAAUACAUUAGAUGAUUUGUCACAGAGGGUAGACAGCGUGAAAGAAGAAAAUUUGAAACUACGUAGUGAGAAUCAAGUAUUAAGUCAAUACAUAGAAAAUCUAAUGUCAGCUUCAAGUGUAUUCCAAUCAACUUGUCCCAAUACUAAAAAGAAAUGAAUUCCCUGUGAGAUUUAUUGCAAACAAGAUUUCAAACAUACAGGGAUUAAUAUUGAUAGUUGUGAUUUUGAUUUCUUAUAAAAAGUAUGUAUGCACAUA